AUGACCGACGCCGUCACCGACCGUGUCGAGGAGGAGAGUGGCACGACUGUGAAGAGCCAGAACUCGCCAAGCACUGACGUGGACUUUAUGGAAAAGGGGGCAUCGGAGGUCGAGAGCCACUUUGAGUUUGACUUCUAUGAUCCUGGGAAUUGGGGCAUCGUCAUUCAUUGCUGGUGCUUGGGCUUCGUUUCCGGAGGCUUCAACGCCUUCCUCAUGGGCGUGGUUGCAGGCUAUCUGCACGUCCCCAGCGACAUCAUCCGAGGUCUGCAGAACAUGUCCUCGCUUCCGAAUGUCUUGUCAGUCUUCAUGGGUGUCGUGUCGGACUCUCGCCCGAUCUUCGGAUAUCGCCGCAGGCCCUACCUGGUGUUGGGCUGGCUCCUAACCACAACGGCUUACUCCACCAUGGCUUGCAUGGGGCUUCCCGAACCGUACUUCUGUGCGGGACCGGAUGGCGGGUACCUUUAUGAUCGAUUGCCCUGCAACCCGGACUCUGAUUAUUUCUACGUGCCCUUAACACUCUGUCUCUUCUCCGCGAACAUCGGCCUAUUGGUGAGUGGAGCUGCGGGUCGUGGGCUCAUGGUCGAGUAUGCCAAAGCUGAAGACGAGGAGUGCCGCGGCCGAACGCAGACCAUGCUUGAGAUGGUCGGUUUGGUCGGAUCGUUUUCGUCGCUGGUGGUGGCCGGUUUCGGCUUCAAUGGCAAGCUGUUCAACGGCUCCUGGGAUCAGCGCUACCAGCUCGGCUACAGACAGUAUGUCUCCAUUUUCGCAGUGGUCUCCAUGAUU